AUGGAGUUGUGCAAGAAGACACUAAAGAAUUGGUUACAAUAUGUUGGCAGAGAUGAACUGGACAAGAAUCGACAUCAAAUAAUUCAUCAGAUCAGUGCUGGCUUGGUUUAUAUUCACGACCAAAAUUACAUCCACCGCGAUUUAAAGCCUGCCAAUAUUUUUUUUGCAUUGGACAAUAAUAUCAAAAUUGGAGAUUUUGGACUUGUUACAUCCUGGAAGAGAGAAGGACUUGAACAGUUUUCUCGGUUUCCGGAAGUUGGAACUCGUCUAUACAUGGCACCAGAACAGAUGUCUGAAGUAUAUAACCACAAAGUGGAUAUCUAUUCCUUGGGUCUUAUAUUAUUUGAACUUAUGUCUCCUAUAUUGCAAUUUGGAACAAAUCACGAGAAGCAGAAGAUAUGGACUGAAGCGAAAGAUUGUAGUUUUCCCACAGAAUUUAUAAAGGCAUUUCCCAAAGAGGAUCCUUUGAUAAAAAGGAGGAGGGAUAUUGUGAGAGUAUGUUGGACUGUCUCUUAAAGAGUCUGAUCACAUGAUAUCAUGAUGACAUCAUUUUGGAGGGAAACAACUCAGUCUAACUUGCUGCCUUGAAGUGUGAACACCUCCACUGUAAAGCUCUCGAUGUCACACCGCAGCUUCUUACUCCUUGAACGUAAAAGGGGCAAGCCCAAUAAAGAGACGUGUAAGGAUAGAAUUAACUACUAUUGGAAAAGGAAGUGUAUUGUAUACAGGGAGACAAUGGCAGUCAUAUCUUGGAAAGAAACAUUAAAACAAUG